UCCUCGGCUGAACUUCACCGGGAAAGAAACAAAUAGGAGCUGCAGCAUUCCAAGUGGAGCAGAAACGCGAGACGCAAGGUGUAAGAACGACUAGUAGCCUAAUACUGAGUAGGCCAACAGUAUCCUACUCCGUGCAGGCAACAAAGUAUCCUAUGUAUUCGAUGACCCAGUGCUGAAUCGAAGCUGCUGAAUUAUUACGAUCGCUCUGUUGGCUUUACAUUGUGACGCGGCUUUACAUUGUGACACGAAAUUGAAAGGUCGGUGCUUUUCUGAAACAACGAGAAUCCAACUCAAGGUGGGGCUAUUGCAACAAUUUACCGCCAUACCGUUCCAUGACACUGGAUUUUGAGACACUAUCUGAAGAACAGAACAUCUCAACACAGCAAAACCAUGAGUGUGACCAGUGAGAUGUUUGAAGAAGAUUCUCAAGACAUGAGGGAGCAGAGUGGUGGGGAGUCCAGUGCUGCACCUGGUGGGCCCCUGUCCUUCACAGACAAGGCCGUGUCCAUCCUGACCUCUAGCAGCCUGCUGGCCCGCUCUCUGCUCGGACGCACCUCUGCUCUGAAGCGCACCAAUGACCCACCCGCCUCUGGGAAUGCCCUCAGGCGGAAGCGUGAGUUCAUCCCCAGCGAGAAGAAGGAUGAUGGCUAUUGGGACAAGCGCAAGAAGAACAACGAGGCGGCCAAGCGCUCCAGGGAGAAGCGCCGCGUCAACGACAUGGUGGUGGAGAAUCGCGUGCUGGCGCUGCUGGAAGAGAAUGCACGUCUCAGGGCCGAGAUGCUGGCUCUCAAGUUCCGCUUCGGCCUGGUCAAAGAUCCCACCAACACACCCAUCCUGCCCCUCACCGCAGCCGCCUGUGCUCCACAGACCUUGGCUCCACACUACUAUCUGCCCAGUGGACCAGGGAGCCACCCUGCUGCCCACGGGGGCCAGUUCAGCGUGCGAGGCUCCAGGGACGCUGGCAGCAUGUCAGAGGACUCUGGGUUCUCCACCCCUGGCAGCUCCAGUGUAGGGAGCCCCCUCUCCUUUGAGGAACGGCUUAGUGAUCAUGGCAAACUGUCCCCACACAGAGCAGAGGAGCUGGGCUACGAGCUCCACCAGUCCCCUGCAGAGGCACAGGUGCACCACAGUGGACACUUCCCUGGGGAGCUCUCCAGAGUGAUGAUGGGGAAAGUGGAGUCUGGGGAGGGCAUAAAGAACUUUCCUCACAAAAUGCGCUUUAAGAUCCCCAGCAGUGGGGAGGACAUCAGGCACAGCCCCAUACAGUCAAUGGGAGCAAGAGACGGUCCCCGGGAAGCAGCGAGCGGACACAUCAUGUUGGGUGGAGCUGAGGGGGCAGGAGUCUGGCCACAGCAGCAGGAGGGAGAGGAGACCAGGAGGGGGCGACAACGGCAAGAGUCCCUUCAGUAUGGCCAUCCUACACCCCCACAGGGCCAGCCAGAGUUCCAUUACCAUACAGAGAACAAUGUCCUCAAGUCCCACCUUAGCUCCCUCAGUGAAGAGGUGGCCCAGCUCAAGAAGCUGUUCUCAGAGCAGCUGCUGGCUAAAGUGAACUGAGCCCAGGACUGAGUCAGUGGAUGCUUGCUGAACUGUCCCAUCCCAGAAGAUGAAGCUCAAUCUGAGCUAGCAUACUAACAUAAGCACACACACAUGGUGAAAAUGAGAUAAUGAGGGAAACAGAGACUCUAAACACCACAGUACCUUGGCACACUGAGCUGCUAUGGUGACAAACCAAUGCCCUAGGCCAACUGGACUAUGAUCCACCAACUCCUCAAUUCCAACUGUUUACCUUGAUGUUUUUGUAGUGUGUGUAUUUUUACCCUCUAAUUUUGAGUUGUCAUGAUUUUCUACUCCUAAACUCCUAAAUGCUUAUCCACGGCUCAAUAGAGAACUGUUUCUGUAACAGGGACAAAAUCCCAUCAUCACCUUAUGAAAGCACAAAGCUAUAUGUGUUGGUUCACUUAUGGCCCUCUGCCUCAUACACUGUGAGACCCUCAAAAACACCGACACAAGAGGACACUGCCUCAUCUCUCCAGAGGAUACUGUAUUAUUGACUGUCAUUUCCACUCUGCAUGUACAACAAUGCUGCUUCUCAAGGUCUCACAACCACAGACAAAGCAAUGUCAGUGAUUGAGACAUUGAGGUGAACUGGGGCUGAACUAAUGUA